GUAAUGUUGCUGCAGAAAAAACAGACAGCAAGCGUGUAGCAUGAUGGUAAAUUUGAGUGGUUUAGCUGCCGGUCAAGCUUCUGAUAAGUGGACUGAUACUGACAUAUUGAUCCGUGAUUUCUCAAAAUUUAUUGGUGGAUUCGUUUUUAAAAUGUCGGGCCCUCGACUGAAGUCAAAAUCGGACUUACACCAGCCAACAGUGUAGAAAAAAAACAGCCUUCUGAGACCGAUCAGCCAGAUCUGCUGUCAUGACAUGCUAGUACAGCUGGCUGAGAUUGACCACUAUGAAAACCAAACACAGUGCAGCAAGGUUAAUGAGCCUAACGCUGCUGAGACUCGUAUUGAUAUGGUUAAUGCAUGAUAUGAUCAACUAUGCUGCGCUAACAGCUGUGCCAUGAGGAGCAAAGAGCAAAUCUAAGGUGAGCUGAUACUCAAAUUGAAAUUGUGACUCCUUUAUCAUAAUAUAUUGCAAGCUUUACUCGUUUUUUUCAUUCCACAUGCAUUGAGAUAUCUUUGUCUUUGUUUCAUUUCUAACAAAUAAAAGGAAAAGUUGAGUUAAUAUACUUUUUCUGUCUUUUGCAGGUUUUUUAAACCCCAUGUGUGUUAAGAAAUUUAACUCUUCUGCCCAAAAGGCUUGAAGGUUUACACUGAUCACCAUGCGUAUCAGUCUGUGCCAGGGCCUGUUAACCGGGGCCAUCGUUCUUAACCUCCUCAUCCUCUACUAUGUGUCACGGGCCCAGCAGCAAAUGAUGGAAAAGAGGAAAGAACUAGGCAGAGGCUCAAGGAGGGUCGCCCUACCGGCCUCAGGUCUAGGGGGAGGCCUAGCUGGAGGUGAGCCAGGGGUGGUCGGAGUGGAGGGACACAGUCGCAGCCCACGUGUGACAGUUCUUCUCCGUGAGUUUGAGAACUUUGAGAAUUACGUUGGAGAUGUGGCUACUUCCUUCCUCCGCCAGAGACCCGAGCUUCCGUUUCUUGCUGUUGCUGACUCAUCUCCGUACCCUCCCUUGGUGCUUCCAGAAGGGGCUCGUCUCCUGAUACUCACCCCCAGCCCGGAUCAGUCGCCCCAAGCUCACAGACCAGAGUUCCACGUCCAGACUGAGUUUGUGUUGCUGGUACCUGAUGGGGUGGAAUUGGAGCAACCUCGGUCUAUAGAGAGGCUGAUCAGGGAACUGGAAGGUGAGGGUGGGGGACCUGUGAGAGUGGUCGCUGCACCCGUGCUGGCUCGGUCAGCAGUGCAGUGCCUCCACCUGCGGGUGAACCUCAGAGAGUGGACAGCCACUUACUCGCCGGCUGCUUCUGGAAGCAGUGGAAGUGUGUGCACAGCUUUACAAGGAGAUGCCGUUGUCCUCAUUCGCACCGAGGAUCUUUUUAAUCUCUCUGUACCUCUUGGGCGACCUUUUUUUCCCUCGCUCUUUGUCCAAACUGCUCUGAGAGGCUGGAAGGUGAAGCUGCUGGAGAGCCCCUGUUUUUCUGCAAAUCACCGUCCCCUCUAUAGUUCCGCUCACAACCAGUGGAAAGCCGACACUCGCCUGAAGGAGGCCACAGGGAAGCUCAUGAAGAGCUUUGGUUUGAAGCGCAUCCUGCUGCCUGAUGGGAAGGAACAGUGGUUUGGUUGCAGUAAAGAGACACCACGCUGUUUUGGUACAGUGCAAGAAGACACUCCAGAUUACCUUUACCUGGAUCGCUGGACACCGCCGUGUUGCCUACGAGGACUGAGAGAAACCGCCAAAUAUGUCAUCAACAUCCUGGAGACCUCUGGUGUGCGCUACUGGUUGGAAGGUGGGGCCUUGCUGGGUGCUGUCCGCCAUCAGGACAUCAUCCCCUGGGAUUAUGAUGUGGACCUGGGCAUCUACUUGGAGGAUAUACCCAACUGUGAUCACCUGAAAAACCUGGACUCAGGCUCCCUUGUGGAUGCUAACGGCUACGUGUGGGAGCGUGCAGUGGAAGGCGAUUUCUACAGAGUCCAGUACAGUGAGGCCAACCACCUGCAUGUCGAUCUGUGGCCGUUCUACGCACGGAACGGCGUCAUGACCAAAGACACAUGGACCGAGCACAAGCAGGACGUUGAGUUCCCGGAGCACUUUCUGCAGCCGCUGGUACCCAUGACGUUUGCUGGCAUCGCUGCUUUUGCCCCCAACAACCACAGAGCCUUUUUGGAGCUUAAGUUUGGAGAGGGGGUGAUUGAAAACCCCCAGUAUCCCAACCCUGUAAAGAAGAGGCUGGACAAAAGCAAACUAUGAGGCAUGGUAGACUCAGACUAUUUUGUGAUACACAGCCUGAAAGACGAGUCUUACAAACUUUUGAGGUACAAAAAGAUGAUGAACAUUAAUCAAUUCAUACCCCUGUCUUCUGCACAAGGAAUAUUUAAUGAGUCAAAGACAGGUUUUAGUACAUUGUGUGCUCAACCUGUAUAUAAUGUAUAGUAGAGUAUAAUUAUGACAGCUGUUAAUUAUACACACUUUUAAUAUUUGUUUCUUGUUACAAGCUACACAACCUUGAGCAGGAUUUAAGGUUUUGUGUAUUUUAUCCAUAUUUAUCAUCCAAACAGGAGCUUCCAAACUUUUUUUUUAACUUGUGUUGAUUUGCACUCAGUCUUGCAGUUUCCUUUUUUGCACUGUUCAUGAAAGAAAAGGUUUUUUUAUGCUCAGAUGUGGUCCUUGACAGCUGUAAUGUUAUUCGUUGGUUUCUGUGUGUUAGAAUGAGAAACACAUUGAAAACACUGACAUUUAUCCUGUGAGUAGAAUGAAAGUUACUCUGUCAAACCUCAGUAUUAAGGUAAGAACAUAAAACGUUGAAUGUGUGUUUAACCUGUGCAUCUACAUGUGGUACUACUGAGCGAUGAAAUGAGAUUUCAAUGUAGCACCAGCUUCCCUGGAUACGACACGUUUCCUGUAAUGUUCUUCCUUGUGUGUUGUACAUCGAGGCAUCACUCCAUUUCAGAAAAAGGUCAAAUAAAGAAGUUGGUUCAGAUUA